UUUUAUGCUCUACAUAAUUAGUACCUUUGUAGCCUCUGUCUCACCUGACACUAAUCAGCGGCGUCCGCAGACUCCGGCCCGCUUGGCUGCCACUGCGCCGGGCUUUCGGCUGCGCUCAGAGGGAGGAGACAGGCAGACUCACGGCGUGACCGGACCAGCAUCCCAAUGCUUGCUUUAAAUUCAGUGUAAUGCUGGAAACGGGGUGAACGGGAGCGGCACGAGGGCAGCAUCGGCGACAAACAUCGGCUUCUGUCAAUAUUUUUUAUCAUACAUAUAAAUGUGUAUUUUCCCCAAUGGAAGCUGCCAUAUUGAACCAUCAAAUUAUGGCGGACGUGAAUUGCAACAAUAACGCUGUAAACGCUGAGUUGGAAGUGAAGAAGCUGCAGGAACUGGUGCGGAAGCUGGAGAGACAAAACGAGCAGCUGCGGACUCGGGCGAGCGCCGUCAGCAGCCCGCAUCUCUUGCAGCCGACACCUGCCUGCCUGCACGGGAGCGGCAGCCCCGAUUUACCGGCCGCUUUCUGCAUGCCAAGCCCGGUGUCGAGCCUCCUGCGCUCCGCAGCACCGGCACCUUUCCGCGCCCCGGAGGAGGCGUACGCCUGCUUUCAGCCGCACUCCGCCGAUGAAGGUGUCUACGGCGGACUCUCGCUCCUGGAUGAGCUCGAUCUGUUAGACCUUCAAUCUAUAUUCUCAUGUGAUGGGGACUCUGACGAUACAUGGCUCUAUGUACCUCCGAAGGCCCGGCUUUGGACUGAGAGCUCCCUCAGCCCACUCCGGUGGUGCCGGCAAGUUUUGGACGACCCUGGGCCUGAGGUGGAAGGUGCCAAGCGCUCCCUGUGCCAUAGGCUGGAUCAAGUCCAGCGGUGGAAAGGCAUCUUUUCCAGCUCUGUAUCUCAAUCGCCCCCCUACGCCCCCGUGGUUGGAGUGACCCCACUCAGCAGCUCAGCCUGGGCCUGUAACAGACCCGCUCACGCAGACCGCCCAGCUGCAUUCUCUCCAUCCAGCCAUCCUCCGCUCCCCCCGAUUCAGACACCCAAUGGGAAGGACUGCUCCAGUCUAGCCGAGAGAUCUCCCACAUUCCUCUUUCAUUCAGCCAAUCACAGUUAUGGCGGCAGGCAUCCUCCUCUCAGUCCGGAAUCCUCCAUGGAGAGCGAGAUCAGUGCCUCGGAACUGGAGGAUGAUUCCAUCUCCAUGAGCUACAAGCUGCAGGACCUCACCGACGUUCAGAUAAUGGCUCGGUUACAAGAAGAGAGCCUGCGGCAGGACUACGCCUCCACCUCGGCCUCCGCCAGCCGCCGCAGCUCCAGCUUCUCCCUCCACGCCGGCCGCCGCCCCCCCUGCGAGGAGCCCGAGCCACAGGAUGAGGAGGACGAGUAUGACGAGCUCCCGCCCCCGCAGCCGCGGCUGGCUCGCGCCCGCCCCCUGCAGCGCAGCCUCUCGCACUCCCACAGUUUCUCCGGGGCCAGGGACUGCCGCCGUAGCCCGUCGGCCCCCCAGUGCCUGGGGGGUCUCUCCCAGCAGCAAUAUUCCAGCAGCCCCCUCAGCAGCUACAUGCCAGAGGCUCUGGGCCACAGGAGCAGCACAGGCUCUCCUUCCUGGACUCAAGCUGAACACGAGAAUAAGCUGAGGAGAAGCAUGCCCAAUCUGGUGCGGGCUCCCAGCAUGCCGAGCGUUCCCGGCCUUCCCAGCAUUCCCGGCCUUCCCGGCCCCGUCGGGCAGACCAGCUCCCCGUCCCUCCGCAACAGCCAAAGCUUCGACUCCUCGAACGUGCUGGCCAGGAUGCAGUCCUCAAUUCCCUCCCCAGGUCAGCUCCAGCACCGUGUGCAGAGCGUGGGCAACUUCUCCGCCUUGUCCCGACCUCCCACCAAAGCCACCGCCUACGUCAGCCCCACAGUACAGGGCUCCACUGCCCCCUCCCCCUACACCAGUUUGCACUCAGGCUCCGGCAGUGGCAUCCCCCUCCCCAACAAACCCGGCGCCUCAUCCAUUCCGGGUCGCAGCGCCCUCCCGAGGCCAGCAUCCAUCAACGGGACCAGUGCCAUUCCCCGCAGUAAAAUAGCUCAGCCUGCACGCAGCUUACUCACGCCCCCGAAAAGCCUGGCUGCGCUCAGCGCUCUCCGGGACGGAAGCUGGAGAGACGGAUGCUACUAAUGUCAGCCAGGCUCUACCGACAAGCCAGGAGCUCCGGCGGCGUUUAGGCCCAGCAGGCUGGGCCUGUCUGCUUUGCCUUUGAAGUACUGCUGAAGCAGAACGUACUCUGAGCAGCAGCGUGGAAAUGCAAACGUGUCGUUUGUGCAAACAAAAGAUGACACCGCAGCCUGAAUAGCGUUUGAACUGAGGUGAAAUUUUAUGCAUUGCAAGGAUGCUGUUGUUGCAAUAUUGAUUUUUAAAGUUGUAUCCUAGCCAAAAAGUCAAACUACAUCUUAACAUUUAAAACUGUUUACAAAACCAUACUUACGGAAUCAAUUCAAUUUUGCAGUUUUUUAAACGAUGGAGACUGAAAAGUGAAUGUCUGACCUUAUCAGAGGAAUAAAUGAAAUAUGUAAAAUCUUUGUACAGUUGUGGUGCCUAUUGUAAAAGUGUUUCAGUUCUGAUUUUGUGUUUUAUUUACUCUGGAUCUUUGCUGCACUUUCACUGUUAUUUCACUGUAAUAGAAAGAACUAGUUUCACUUAAGUUUAUUUGAUUUGUUUGUUAAAUACGCAAAGUUAGCAAUAUAGUUGUACUGUCACUGGUUCUUUUAAGUUCAGCUUAUCUUGUUCUAAUGCAUUUGUUGCUCCUUUAUGUUUAUAUAUAUUUUAACAAAAAAAAAACUUGCUGUACUCUUGCACAGAUCUGAUAACGCCGUUUCUUUUUCUAAAAUAAUUUGUUGUUUGGGAAUCACUGUAUUUUAAAAUGGAAAUAAAAGGUUUUACA